AUGUCUGACACUGAGGAAGUGGAUCAGUACGAGGCCCAGGAGGAGCUAGUAGAAGUAGAGGUAGCCCCUGAGGCGGAGGCCCAGGUAGAAGCAGAGCCAGAGGUAGAGCCUGAACCUGAGAUAGAGCCUGAACCAGAGCCACCGGUGGUGGUUCGUGAGGAGGAAGACGGCUAUGAAGAGGAAGUCUGCCUCUUCUCUUCUUCGCAUGAAUAUGUCCAACCAGUGGAGGAGGGAGAUCAAGAUGAGGAGAAGCCAAAGUUCAAACCAACUGCUCCAAAGAUCCCUGAUGGGGAGAAGGUUGACUUUGAUGACAUCCAGAAAAAACGUCAAAACAAAGACCUCAUCGAGCUUCAGUCGCUGAUCGAUGCUCACUUUGAGUGCAGGAAGAAAGAAGAAGAGGAGUUAAUUGCUCUCAAAGAAAGAAUCGAAAAGCGUAGAGCUGAGCGAGCUGAGCAGCAAAGGAUUCGAGCUGAGAAGGAUAAGGAGCGCCAAGCCAGACGGGAGGCAGAGAGGAUAAGAAAGGAGGAGGCUGAUGCCCACAGGAAGGCUGAAGAUGAAGCCAAGAAAAAGAUUGCUCUAUCUAGCAUGGGAUCAGGUUUCAGCAGCCAUCUUCAAAGGGUGGACCAGAAGAGAGGCAAGAAGCAGACUGAGAGGGAGAAGAAGAAGAAGGUCCUGGCAGAGAGAUGCCAACCUCUGGCCAUUGACAAUCUAAGUGACGACGCACUGAGGGAAAAAGCGAGGGAGAUGUGGGAGUGGUUGCACAGCCUGGAGGAGAUUAAAUAUGACCACUGCGAGAAGCUCAAGAGACAGAGAUAUGAGGUGAUCUCUCUCAGAAAUCGCAUUGAUGAGCUCCAAAAACAUAGCAAGAAAGGAGCCCACUCUCGCCGCAGGAAGUGA